UGCUAUACCUGUUGCCCUCCUUCCAUUUCUUGUGGUCCAGCGGAAAGCAGACAGAAUCUCAUCAUAAAAAGAUCAUCUGGCAACGAAGAGGGCGUAAACGUUUAAGGAGGCUGCGAUGGCAUGGAAAAAGUUAUGGGUAAUGCAGAUGUGCAUCCAGACGAUCUACAGAGAGACCACCUAGAGGUAGAAGUCAGCGGAAGUGACCUACGGGCAGUGUUUUAUUCGGAAUUUCUUUACAGCAGCCUCUCAGGUAGCAAGUGUGUAAGGGCAGAGGUCAGUGAAGGAUCGUCAAGGGGAUAGAAAUUGGUACCUUGCCGAACGAAACUAUUGUACGAUCAAUUUUUGGUGCCUGAUUCUGCUGGACGAUCGCAUACCUUUGGAAGUAUAAAAUGAUCGUAGCAUGUCCCGACCGAGCUUCAGUUGCGGUUCGUGUGUGGAAAGAAAAGUGUGUGUUGGAUGAUGACUGGAACCAUGAAUUUGCUAACGAUCGUUUGUCUCGUAACUUGGACGCGUGUUGUUUCCAGUUAUGUAAUUGUGAAUCGUGAUCAUGGUAAGAAAAAGUGGAAUAUAAAUAAUUCUUCUUAUUUUGAAGUAUAUUGUUAAAAUGUUCUCUUUUUUAAUUCUCUUUUAGAUUUUUACAAAACAAAUCAACCAACGUUUGGUGACGCUCCAGGCGUACCGCAAGAUGUGCCAGUUUCGAAUCUACCGAUUGAUCCGUACGCGAAGAAGCUCCUCCAGUUGUACUAUUUAGUGCAGGUUAUGCGUUCGUAUCACCGACCGGCAUACCAAGAGCCAACAACCAUUCUGAGCAAUCUUAUCGAUCGCUUAACAAAGGAGGAACUGCGAGUUGAGUUGGAACGUUUGCUAUCGGGUGUCGAUGGUUUUGAGGAAGUGUUUAACAUUGGCGAGUACGCCGUGCGCGACCCGAUCAAGGAACAGCUGGCAAACGAUUUCCGGCUGCUAUUCCCGAUAGUGGUGAAGACACUAAGUGGACUCCAUGAUUCUGACAUGCAUGACGAUGUGGAGAACACACUGCAGAGCAAGAUACGUGAAGCUUUCAACGAUUUUCGAGGCCUCCUGUUGAGUGUGGUACAGUCGGAAAGUGAAAUGUUUAAUGAAAUCGAACACCUACAAAGCACGAUCGCACGCAGACCGGUGCAAAACGAUAUAAAAUGGAGAACGGAAGAUUUAAGAUCGGAAAUCGCACCAAGUGUAGUGGAAACGAUUUACGUGACGCAAAUGCCUGUUGCAUCAGAUAAAGCAGUGGUGAAUGAUUACGAUUUAGAGGUGGAACAUGUUGAGCCAAGCACGGAAGGUGUAAUAGAAAGCUUAGAAACGGAAGUUCCGUUCGAUGUGCGGCUUCAAAAUGAUAAAAAUCUAGAGUUUCUACCGGACGGAAGAGAUGUAAAAUACGAACUUAGCAUGGGACCUGAAGUACUUUCUCAGGAGCACGACGAUUCCGACGAAGACGAUGAUGAAACGGAGCUGAUCGUGCUAACGGAAGAUGCUAAUCUGCAUAAAACUCCGGUCGAUAGCGGUGAAGGUAGCGGACCGACGGCAGUGUUGGUAAAGGAUCCGGAAAUUGCCGCACUGAUUCCGCACAUUAUCGAGCAACUGCGCAUGGAGAAUGUUACACCGGAGGAAAAGGAUGCAUUGGCUGAAAUCUUUGAAGAUCUGUGGCCUCUGAUGGUAGCCGAAGCGGAUCGUUUGCGCACGGAAUCGUAGAAGA